CUCUGUUCUCCUCCGGACGCUUUUGUCGACGGACAGUAAAUAGCAAAGUGCGCAUGCUCCGUGCCUGCAGAGCAGCUCAACCGGCCAGUUUGGGAGGACAGGAACCAGUGAAGAAACCAGUCCGCCGUGGUGAAACCAGCCGGACAACGUUGAAGUAAAACGGAUGAUCGGAGUCUGAGGAGGAUUCAUCACAGCAUCAUGACGGCCCUGGGAGGCGGAAGCUCAACGGCUACAGAGUACACAGUCAGAGUCCCCAAGAACACCAGUAAGAAGUACAGCAUCAUGGCGUUCAACGCCGGGGACAAAGUGAACUGCUCCACGUGGACUCAGGCCCGCAUGGAGCGCGACCUGAGCGCCCGCCGCAUGUACGGCGAGGAGGAGGCCCCGGACGGCGCCGCAGGGAGUGAGUUCGGCAAGAAGCAGCGCGAGGAGGCGCGCAGGAAGAAGUACGGCAUCGUGACGCGGGAGUUCAAGGUGGAGGAUCAGCCCUGGAUCCUGAAGGUCAACGGCAAGGCCGGCAAGAGGUUCAAAGGUCAGAAGAAGGGCGGCGUGACGGAGAAUGCCUCGUACUACAUCUUCACCCAGUGCCCCGACGGGGCCUUCGAAGCCUUCCCCGUCCACGGCUUGUACAACUUCGUCCCCCUCAAGCACCGCACGCUGACCGCUGAGGAGGCCGAGGAGGAGUGGGCCGGAGGAACAAGGUGGGUGAACCACUUCAGCAUCAUGCUGCAACGCCGGCUGAGGGAGACGGAAACGCGGAAGGAGAAGGGGGACGACGACGACGACGAGGGGGGAGAAGGGCGGGAAGGAGGCAAGAAGAAGAAGAAGAAGAAAGGAGGAGGGGACCUGCGCAUCACAGACUGGCAGGAGGACCUGGAGAUGAGCACAGACGACAGCGACAGCAGCAUGGGCGAAGAGGGAGAGGGGAAGGCUAAGAAGGACAAGGAGGCCAAAGGAAAACAAGGGAAGAAGAAGAAGAAGAAGAAGAAGGGCAGCGACAAUGAGGCGGCCGAGGACAGCGAUGACGGAGACUACGAAGGGCUGGAGGUCGACUACAUGUCUGAUGAGAGCAGCUCUGAGGAGGAGCCGGAGACCAAGAGCAACCAGAACAAAGGAGAGGGCGUCCCCAAAGGCAUCGACGAGGCCACGGAGAGCGAGGAGGAGAGUGAGGAGGAGAAACCCAACGAGGAGGAGACGAAGGAGGGAGAGGAGGAGGAGGAGGAGGGUAAAAAGACGCCGGUGCAGACAGAGAAGAAGAAGAAGAAAGACAGCAGCGGGGAGUCGGACAGCUCUGACGACAGCGACAUCGAGGGCGAGGCGGCAUCUGCUCUGUUCAUGGCGAAGAAACGCACCCCUCCCAAGCGGGGGGGCGGGCGUGGGUCGGGGGGCAGCUCGCGGGCCUCCAGCCGGCCCGGGACCCCCUCCAUCGACACUGCCGCAACCUCCAACACGCUGAGGGCCGCUGCCAGCAAGCUGGAGCAGGGUAAGAGGCCCCCCGCGGCCCCCUCCACCGACUCCCCGGCUGCCAAGAGGCUGAAGAUGGAGCCGGCCGGCCAGAGCCCCGCCCCAUCCGGGAAGACCACCCCUCAGCCCCCCUCCGGGAAGUCCACCCCCAGCACCAGUGACGUCCAGCUGACAGAGGAGGCGGUGCGCCGCUACCUGAUCCGUAAGCCCAUGACCACCAAGGACCUGCUGAAGAAGUUCCAGACCAAGCGGACGGGGUUGAGCAGCGAGCAGACGGUCAACGUGCUCGCCCAGAUCCUCAAGCGGCUCAACCCCGAGCGCAAGAACGUCAACGACAAGAUGCACUUCUACCUCACCGAGUGAGAGGCUGCUGGUCGCCAUAGCAACGCCUGGAGGAUGGGAAUGAUGAUGGUGUGAAGUUCACAAGUUAGCAUUUAGGAUAGAGAGUGGAAACUUUGUUUUAUGUUGUGCUUUUUUUGUUGAUAGGUUUGUAAUAAAAUAAUAAAAAAUAA